AUGAAAAUGGAGUCUAGGAAAGCUAGCCAAGAGUGUCACGGCCAAGACUCUCCUUAUUUUGUGGGUUGGCAGGAGUACGAGAAGAAUCCUUAUCACCCCCUUGCAAAUCCUUCCGGAAUCAUCCAGAUGGGACUCGCAGAGAAUCAGCUGUCAUUCGACAUUGUUGAGGCAUGGCUGGAGAGAAACCCAGACAUAUUGGGGCUCAAGAAAGAUGGAUUAUCGGUGUUCAGAGAACUCGCUCUCUUCCAGGAUUAUCAUGGCUUGCCCUCUUUCAAAGAAGCGCUGGUGAACUUCAUGGCAAAAAUAAGAGGGAACAGAGUAAACUUCUCCUCGGACAGACUCGUUCUCACCGCGGGGGCUACAUCCGCCAAUGAGAUUCUCAUGUUCUGCCUUGCUGAUCCAGGCGAAGCUUUCCUUCUUCCCACUCCCUACUACCCUGCAUUUGAUAGAGAUCUUAAGUGGAGGACUGGGGUCGAAAUAGUUCCCAUACAUUGCUCCAGCUCAAAUGGCUUCAGAAUAACUCCCUCUGCUCUUGAACAGGCCUAUCAACAAGCCCGAUCACUGAAUCUAAACGUCAAAGGGGUCUUGGUGACUAACCCCUCCAACCCUCUGGGCAUAUCCCUGAGCAAAACUGAGCUGAACCUUCUCCUGGAUUUCGCCAUUGAGAAGAAGAUUCAUAUCAUAAGUGACGAAAUUUAUUCAGGCACAGUCUUCGACUCGCCCACAUUCGUAAGCAUCAUGGAAGUAGCAAACGAAAAGACCAUCCAUGACGCUGGGCUGUGGAGCCGCAUUCACGUUGUUUACAGCCUGUCGAAGGACCUUGGCUUGCCCGGAUUUCGAGUAGGCAUGAUCUACUCAAAUAGCCACGUGGUGGUGGAUGCAGCCACAAAGAUGUCAAGCUUCGGACUGGUGUCUUCUCAAACUCAGUAUUUGCUGGCGAACUUACUCUCCGACGACAAUUUCACGGAAGAAUACAUGAAGGAGACUCAGGGGAGACUGAAAAAGCGAAGGGAAAUGCUGGUUUCGGGGUUGAGAAAAGCAGGGAUUAGGUGUCUGAAGAGCAACGCUGGGCUGUUCUGCUGGGUGGACAUGAGGCAUAUGUUAAGGUCAGACAGUUUUGAAGCAGAGAAGGAGCUCUGGAAGAGGAUUCUCAUGGUGGUUGGCCUGAACAUAUCUCCGGGAUCAUCAUGCCACUGCUCUGAACCGGGUUGGUUCAGGGUCUGCUUCGCCGACAUGUCGGAGAACACUUUGCAAGUUGCAAUGCGACGAUUGAAGGUGUUUGUUGACUCAACCGGGUCUGCUUCUGGUGGUAGAAUCAGUAAUUCUGAGAUGUCAUCACUUGGCAGGUGGGCUUCCCAGUUAUCACCGUCCUGUGACUGGGAAGCUGACACUUAUUUCUGA